AAGCCGAGACUGUCAGUGAGAUUCCGCGCGUCCGACAUGGCCACAGAUAACCUAACCGCUUUGUUGUACAAACCAAAUGAUUUGCGUUUGGUACAAACACCGAUCCCUGAAAUAUCUGAAGAUGAGGUCCUGCUGCGCAUGGACUGCGUGGGUAUCUGCGGGUCAGACGUCCACUACUGGCAGAAGGGUCAAUGCGGACACUUCGUGCUGGAAGAACCAAUGAUCAUGGGACACGAAGCUUCAGGAGUAGUGGCCAAGAUCGGUUCGAAAGUCAAGAAUCUGACAGUUGGUGAUCGAGUGGCCAUAGAGCCCGGCGUGCCGUGUCGGUACUGCGAGUUCUGUAAGACAGGACGAUACCACCUAUGCCCUGACAUGAUCUUCUGCGCCACGCCCCCAGUACACGGAAACCUCGUCAGAUAUUACAAGCACGCAGCUGAUUUUUGCUUCAAGCUUCCUGAUCACGUGACCAUGGAAGAAGGAGCGCUACUGGAGCCCCUCGCGGUGGGCAUUCACGCGUGCAAGAGGGGCGGAGUCUCGGCGGGACACGUGGUGCUGGUACUGGGAGCGGGACCCAUCGGCCUCCUUACCAUGCUCACAGCUAAAGCCUUUGGAGCACACAAAGUACUCAUAAUAGAUAUCCUUCAGAGCCGUUUGGAUUUCGCCAAGUCGUUAGGCGCCGACUACACACUUCUCAUAGGCAAGGACUCGAACGAGGCUGAGCUGGUGAGGAAGAUUCAUGAGAUACUGGAGGGACACCCCGACGUGUCGUUCGAUGCGAGUGGGGCCCAGGCCACAGUCAGAUUAGCGUUACUGGCCACGAAGUCUGGCGGCGUGGCGGUGCUGGUCGGCAUGGGAGCGCCCGAGCAGACCGUGCCGCUCGCGGGCGCCCUCUCGCGGGAGGUCGACAUCCGGGGCAUCUUCCGAUACGUCAACGACUACCCCACUGCACUAGCGAUGGUAGCGAGUGGGAAAAUAAACGUGAAGCCGCUGGUCACGCACCACUUCAGCAUCGAGGAGAGCCUGGAGGCGUACGAAGUGGCGCGCCAGGGGGCCGGCAUCAAGGUCAUGAUCCACGUCCAGCCGCGAGACACGAACAACCCACAAAAGUUCUGAAUUGUUCCUCAAAAACACAUGCUACUAAAUGUAUUGUUUUAACAAGAGCAUACAGGUUCCAGUAGAUAUCAUAUAGUGUUUUUUAACAUUUUUUCCAAGGCAAUAUGGAUAGCCCUAUAUGUACAAUGGCUGGGUCCGUUGUUUUUUUUACUCAUUACUUUUUGUACAACAAUUGUCAUCUCUAUUAAUUAUAUGAAAUAAUAAAGUUGACAAAUUAAUUUCUAAAGAAAUAUUAUCCUGAAAUUUAAGUUAGAUGACGAUGAACCUUGCUUGGGCUAUCGUAAAUUUUUGUGCCAAAUUGUAACGAAUUUAAUUCGUGUAUUUAAUUAUUUCGUGUAUAAAUAUUGAUAUUAUAAUAUAAAAAUGUACGAAGCUCAGUGAUAAUUUUAAUUGCAACUGUUUAUUGAUGGUUUUUUUAUAUACAUAAGUUUCAAAGUAAUGUAAUUGACACAGGGUACGCGCAUUCCCAAAACCGAUAUAAUAUUAUAUAUACUAUUACGUUGACAUUUAAGCAAUACCCUUUGUUUAAACUAUAAAUGCUAAAAGUUUUCUAAUUUAAUAUUUUGAUAACCGGUAAACUGUUGUGAAGGUUACUGAACCAGUACCUGAAAUGAUUAAGUUACUGACCUCCCCAGUAACUUAAUCAUUUAAUUAUGUUUCUGAUUUUUUUUUUAAUAAAUGUGUUCGUGUAUGUAAUAACUACUUAUCGCCAGUCUUUUCCCCGAUACCAGUUUUCUAGCAGAAAUCAUGAAUUUAUAAUUUACAUUUUUUUUUGUGACAUUAAAUAAAAUUUAAAACAUGG